CUGACAUAAAUAUUUAUAUAUAUUUCAGGAGGAAUGCUGAUAGCUCCCUUGUGGUUUUAUGCAGUGAGAGUUUUCUUCCAACAAUUGUGAGUCUUCUUAGUGGCAGGAAUGAUCAUAUGGAGUUUGUUAUUACAAAAUUAGAACAGGUUCCUUUAGAUGGUCAUGGAAUGGGAAGAAAAUGUAACUUGUCAUCUCCUGUAACAUUAAAGGAAGCAGUUGACAAAAUAAAAUCACAUCUUGGCUUACCUUAUGUGAGGUUAGCCUUGGCACAUGGAGCAACAUCUGAUUCAUUAAUCAGGAGUGUUGCUGUCUGUGCUGGAUCUGGGUCAUCGGUACUUCGUGGAACAAGAGUUGAUUUAUGGCUCACAGGAGAAAUGUCCCACCAUGAAAUACUAGAUGCUACUCAUCAGGGUAUCUCAGUUGUGCUGACUGAUCAUUCUAACACUGAACGGGGUUACCUAAAAGUAUUACAGCCUCACCUUGCUGAAUUAUUUGACCAAAAGGUACAAAUAAUUGUGUCUGAAAGAGACAGAGAUCCUCUGCAAGUUGUGUAGUUGCAUUUUGGAAUAUUAUUGUACUGUAUUGGUGCUUUUGACAUGUGAUUCAAUGAGUUCUUGCUGGGUAAUGUUGUGACAAGGAAAUGUAUCUUCUGCUUUUUUACACAGACUUUCUUUAAAAGAGGAUUCAUUAAUAUUUUGGCAUUUGUGUUUGUUUAUAAUGGCAAUGCCAGUUGGUUUCAUUUUUGAAGUACAUAUAGUUUUCAAAACCCAAAAAUUUUGUGCAUUGAUUCGAGCAAAUGGGACAAGCUUAGAAUAAAGUAUGUAGAAGGUGGGAUGAAGUUAGCACUGCAA